CUAGCAGGUACCAAUAGCUAGCUGGAGUUGGAUAACAAGCAAACAUGGCAAAUAAUGCUGUGGCAUGUGUAGAAAGGGCAACCAGUGAUAUGCUGAUUGGUCCAGACUGGGCAAUAAACAUAGAGUUGUGCGACAGUAUUAAUAUGGAUCCUGGACAAGCAAAGGAUGCCCUGAAGCUACUUAAGAAACGACUGGGGAGUAAAAAUCCCCAAAUACAACUUGUUGCAUUAUUUGUGUUAGAGACACUCAGCAAAAAUUGUGGCGAGAAUGUAUUUCAACAUAUUGUUGAAUGUGAUAUAUUGCUUGAACUGGUGAAAAUAGUGAAAAAGAAGCCGGACUUAAAUGUAAGAGAAAAGAUAUUAAUCCUUAUAGAUACAUGGCAAGAAACUUUUGGGGGACCUGGAGGGAGAUAUCCCCAAUACUAUACUGCAUACCAUGAACUGAAGUCUGCUGGAGUAGAAUUCCCACCCCGAGCAGAGAACAGUGUACCCUUGUUUACUCCACCUCAAACUCAGCCAGGAGUUCAUUCUGCUCCAAUGUAUGAUGAUGCAGCUGUUGAGGUUUCUCUUCAAUCUGACACUUCUGGUCUCAGCUUGCUUGAGAUUCAAAAUGCUCGUGGACUAGCAGACGUGUUAAUGGAUAUGCUUAAUGCAUUGGAUCCAAAAAGUCCUGAGGGUAUAAGGCAAGAACUGAUAGUUGACCUUGUUGACCAGUGCAAAUCUUACCAGAAGCGUGUGAUGAUUUUAGUGACCAAUACUACAGAUGAGGAGCUUCUAUUUCAGGGGUUGGCAUUGAAUGAUGAACUGCAGCGUGUGCUUUGCCAGCAUGAUGACAUGGUGAAAGGAACUCCUUAUGUGAGUGGAGUAACAGAAACCUCAUUUGCACCUCUUGUGAAUGUCAACCAAGAGGAUGACGAAUCAGAAGACGAUUUUGCACAGCUAGCUCACAGGUCUUCAAGAGACAACGCACAGGGGCAGGCUAGGAAGCCUGGCAAUAGUAAGAAUGAACAGCAUGUUAACCCACCACUGCUUCCUCCACCCCCCUCAUCAAAAUGGCCAAUUAGUAAAGAUGCUGGCAAGGUUGAUUAUCUCAGUGGUGAUGCCUAUGGAUCAGAAAGAUCCUUGGAACCACCGGAGCCGAAGCCCUCUGUAAUUCCAUUUCAUUCUGACAACACACAGACAAGCUCUCCAUCUUCCCCUCCGUCACAUGCAAAGGACUCAACCUCGUCUUCUGAGUUCUCUGGACCACCCAAAUAUGAUAUACCUGUGCAAACAGCAAAGUUUACCGAGAAACUACCCCCUGCCCCUGGGGAUGUCCAGUCUCCAAGCCCACUACCACCCCCACCUUCUAAAUAUAAUCAAAGACAGCAGUACUUUGAACAUCAGCAAGGUUGGUCAGGUGGUGCUUCGCAUAAUGGUAGUGGAUCAGGAUUUUCAUAUGAUGGGUUAGUUGGACAGACACAGAAUAUUUCCCUUAAUAAUGGGAAGACAAACUCUCAGGACUCAUUGACCUCAACAAAAUCAGAGGAUGCCCUCUUCAAAGACUUGGUUGAUAUUGCAAAGGCCAAGCCAUCUUCAUCUAAACAAAAGUAGUCACAGGUCAUAUUGAACUUUAGUUAGGGGCUCCAGAUUAUGCUGUAGUAUUACAUUCCAUGCAUACAUAAAUAUUGGUUCAUAUGGCUUGCAUUGAAUGAAAGUGGGCAGGAGCAGUUGUCUAUGUUGUGAUGUAGGUUUUGUAUGUUGCCGUGAGGACAACAUUAUUGGUUGCCCUAAUGUUGCGGAUGGGAGGUCCAUUCAUCGGAGAUGGAGU